CGCGGGCUGAGAUGGACUUUUGCCAGUUCAUUUGCACGAUUUUUUUGGCAAGUCUGAGCAUUUCCCCAGGUCAAAUUUUGGGAUGCCAUCACGGCCAGUGGCAGUGUGAUGAUGGAAGCUGUAUUCCUGAUGUCUGGAGAUGUGAUGGAGGUGGAGACUGUCUGGAUGGAUCGGAUGAAAUGGAUUGCACUGCACUUCCAGGCUCUCCUGAAUGUCCGCCGGGUCAGUUUCGUUGUGUCGACUCUGUCGGCUGCGUUGAUGCGUCGGCCCGCUGUGAUGGACAAAACCAGUGUCCCACCGGCUCUGAUGAGAACUGUGCCGCUACAGAGGGCUGUUUGGACUCUGACUGGACCUGUCGAAACACCAUCUGUAUCCCCAAAGACCUGCGCUGCAAUGGACUGAAUGACUGCCUGGACAACUCUGAUGAAGAGGACUGUGGUCUGUGUGGCGAGCACGGCAUCUGGUGUCCUGAGGGGACGUGUCUGAGUGCUGAAGAGAGGUGUGAUGGGACAACUCGCUGCUCGGAUGGCAGUGAUGAGCCCGUAACCUGCGGUCGUGUUUGCUCUACAAACAACGGCGGCUGUAGCCACGUGUGUGUCGAUGCACCCUGGGGAGCUCUGUGUGCCUGUCCUGUUGGAUAUAAGCUCUCACCCAAUGGAGCGGUCUGCCAAGAUUUGGAUGAGUGUGCCCAACCCUUUGCCCCCUGUUUGCAUCACUGCUCCAACACUGUCGGAUCCUACUACUGCCACUGCAGAGAGGGCUUCGAACUGAAUGGAGGCUCCGUAUGUCUAGCUCCAGGUAAUGCUACCAGAUUGUUAAUUGUGCAGUGGGGCUCUAUCGGGCUGUUGAAUAUGCAGACUCGACAGUUUGAAGCUAUCAACGCUCCAGUGUCUGACCCAGUGGCCUUGACUUUCGACAUUGCCCGAGGCUGGUUCUUCUGGGCUGACAACCAUGGCAGCAUUUACAAAAGUAAUGGAGAGGACAGCUGGACAGUCUAUACUGGGAAGCCUGGAAUCAAGGGUCUCGCUUGUGAUUGGUUGAAUGGAAACCUUUUCUGGACCAAUCAGAAGACUGAGUCGAUCUACAUGCAGGCAGCUGAUGGGAAAAGUUACACUACUCUGCUGAGCAAAAACACCAGCCCGUCAGAGUUGGUGCUGAUACCCGUGGAGAGCUUGAUGUUCUGGAUCAGUGCUGGUCACAGUGACCGAGUGACGAUAGAGAAGUCGUGGAUGGACGCGUCGGAAAGAAGCACUCUGACUGUGCUCACUGCUCAGUUGGCACACAGCCUCACUGCUGACGUGGCUGCCAGGAGGCUCUACUGGAUCAGCGACUUCAAGAAGUCCAUAGAGACGGUGAAGGUGGACGGGACAGGCGGUUACUCCUUCACAGGACUGUUCAACAGGAAACCUGCUCUCGGCCUGGCUGUGUUUGAGAACUCUUUCUACUGGGUGGAUGAGAAAGGACUGUGGCAGGUUCCCCAGAACCAACCAAACCAGAAGCAAUUCAUCUGGAAAGGCACUCUGCCAAUAUUAGCCGUGUACCAUGAGCUACAGCAGCCUCAAGGUUCCUCUGCAUGUGUAAAGACUCGAUGUCAGCUCUGCCAGCUAACUAAAGGCAGCCCUGAUGGAUUCACCUGCGCUUGUCCAAACUCCAAAGUGCUGAUGCUGGAUGGGACGUGUGAAUAUCCAAGGUUUGUAUAUGCUACCAUCAGCACCAUCAACAUGCUGGAGUUUGGAGGCAGAGGGUCCACUGAAAUCCAGCUGUUUACCACUGCCGACGGCAUCCUGUCGUUUGAUCUGGACUGGUACAGAGAGUGGCUGUACUGGGCUAACGAAACUGGCCACAUCCAACGCACCAGUCUAACCCACGUCAAGACUGAAGUGGUCCCAACACCUCUGCCAGUUUGUCUGAUCAAAAUAGACCAGAGGAAGGGCAACCUUUAUUGGGUGUCAUGUGACCAUAACGGCAUCGGCACCACCACGGCCGACGGUGGAUACCCACGUCAGUUGUACCACACGGCGAACAAGAUCCGAGACCUGCAUCUGGACUGGCUGAGGGGGGUCAUCCUCUGGCUGGAGGAAGACAGAGUCUUCACCAUGAGCAUGAUGGGAGGCAAAGCCAAAGAGCUAGUGCGCUUAGCAGGAGGAGUCGGGGGGAAUGUCGCCUUCGACCUCAGGGCUAAUAGUCUGCUCUGGAACUCAAAAGGGGCAGGUUUGACAACGAUGAGUUUGCUGGAGGAAAGAAGCCACCGAGCCGGCCGGAGAUGGAACAUUUCGGGCUCAAUCGUGGCUGCUCUAGAGCCCUUCCUACUGUCCCUCUCUGAUGAUGUCAUGACUCUGUGGGACCGGCGCGAUGGGAGCCUUGUCCGAGACAUGACAGUGAGAGGUCGUGUGUUUGGCGUAAUCGCUGCACUCGCGGACGUCAGCACAGUGCCCAAUACUCCAGUCUGCAAUGAACCCUCUGUGCUGUGCCGACACACGUCAGUCUGCCUCUCGCAGGCCCAGCUGUGUGAUGGGAAAAAGGACUGCCCCGACGGAGACGAUGAGGAUUUUUGUGUAACCUCAUGUCCUUCUAAAGACGAUUUCAAGUGCAAGGACGGUGGGAGCUGUAUCUCCAGGAAUCUCGUUUGUGACGGUCGUUCUCAUUGUCGUGAUGGCUCAGACGAGGUCGACUGUCCAACCUUAGCUCCUCGUGCAGCUCGGGCAAACGUCCUGAAGUGCCGCUUGGGCUCAAAGCCAUGUGAUGACGGAAGAGAGUGCGUUUUGUUCAGCCACGUGUGUGACGGAGAAGCUGACUGUAUGGAUGGAUCUGAUGAACAAGGAUGUGAUGAUUAUCCAUCAAACGGAAUGCCACCCGCCAUCAAACCCCCUGCUCUGACGGUGCCGGCCUGCAUCAGCCCCUCUGUGCCCUGUCCUCGUUCUGCUGCUCACCUCUGCAUUUCUCCGAGCCAACUUUGCGACGGGCGCAAAGACUGUCCCGAUGGCUUCGAUGAAGAGAACUGCGUGAAAAUAUGUCCCUCUAAAAAUGACUUCCGCUGCAAAGACAGUCGGAGCUGCGUCUCCAAGAGUCUGGUUUGUGACGGCCGCUCUCACUGCUACGAUGGCUCAGACGAGGUCGACUGUCCUCCUGCAGCUCCUCCUGCAGCUCCUCCUGCAAUUCGAACAAAUGUCCUGAAGUGCCGUGUGGGCUCAAAGCCAUGUGAUGACGGAACAGAGUGCGUUUUGUUCAGCCACGUGUGUGACGGAGAAACGGACUGUAUGGAUGGUUCUGAUGAACAGGGAUGCCGAGAAACCUGCCAGCGAGGGGAGUUUCAGUGCUCCCACGGGAAGAUGUGCAUCCCCGAGGCUGAGGUGUGUGAUGGCAGGUGGCAGUGCAGAGACCAGUCCGACGAACUGGACUGCUGGAAGGGAACGAAGAGCUGCGAGCAUCGCUGCGCCGACGGCGAGCGCUGCAUCCCGAAGAAAUUCCUGUGCGAUGGCGAGAGAGACUGCCUGGAUGGCACGGAUGAGGUGGGCUGCGACGGUGUUACUUCUGAGGCAACAGAGUCUCCUGUUCUUACUCCCACAUCAACUUGCAUCACUCCUUCAGUGCUCUGCCCAGGUUCACCAGCACUGUGUAUCUCUCCAACUCAGCUGUGUGAUGGGCAAAGAGACUGCCCUGAUGGAUUUGAUGAAAAUAACUGUUGGGCCCAAUGCAGAAAUCCAGAUGACUUCUUAUGCAGCGACCGGAGGAUGUGCAUCCCCAAGAUGGAGGUGUGCGACGGUCGUGCCCACUGUCACGACGGCUCGGAUGAGAAGCGGUGUCAACCGGCAAAUCCGACGGCUCCCAUCUCCAACAACGCACCCGGUGCCACAUCAGCCCCACUGAAGUGCCGUAAAGGUUUUACGCCAUGUAAAGAUGGCCUUGAGUGUGUCAUGUACAGCCAUGUGUGUGACGGGGAAAUGGACUGCCAGGAUGGAUCAGAUGAAGAAGAGUGUGCCGCUCGGUGCAAAGCAGAUGAGUUCCCUUGUGCUCAUGGGAAUAGAUGCAUUGCUCCGGAGCAGGUGUGUGACGGUCAGAACGACUGUCAAGACCGGUCUGAUGAAAUGAACUGUUCACGUCUGACCGAGGGUUGCCAUCGGCGCUGUGACAACAACACUCGCUGUAUACCGGAGACCUUCCUGUGUGACGGCGAGAGAGACUGCGCUGAUGGGUCCGAUGAAGAAAAGUGCGUUUUGGUGUCCUGUGCGCUUAACCAGUAUCGCUGUCUUAGCGGUCAGUGCGUGUCGGAGGCCAUGAGGUGUGAUGGAUAUGCUGACUGCAGAGACCGCUCCGAUGAGGCGCAUUGCACAAGGCCCCCACGCUGCCCGGCACAGCUCCGAUGCCCGAACAGCCACUUGUGUCUGCAGAGGGAGUGGCUCUGUGACGGCGAAGACGACUGCGUAGACGGCUCAGAUGAGAAGAACUGCUUGUCGCCACAAACAAAGUGCAGGGAAUACCAGUGGCCGUGUGGAGACAGCAGUCAAUGCAUCCCUCUGUCAUGGAAGUGUGACGGGAAGGAGGAUUGCCACAACGGUGUCGACGAGUACAAAUGCAGCGGGAGAAACUGCGCCUCUCACCUUUACCAGUGUGGCAGCGGUGAGUGUGUGGACCCCCGCCUGGUGUGCAACGGCCUCACCAACUGUGCCGACAGCUCAGACGAGGGCGCGGGAUGUGCUCGACGCAACUGCACCAGUCUGUCAGCCCCGCGGUGUGACCACCGCUGUGUCAGCACCCCGAACGGACCGACAUGUUACUGUGCUGCAGGUUUCAGACUACAGUCCAGUGCUGUCUCCUGUGUAGACAUCAACGAGUGCAAUGCAGUGCCACAUGUCUUAUGCAAACACACCUGCCUGAACACCCGUGGCUCCUACGUCUGUCAUUGCCUCCCUGGGUUCUACCUGGAGCCUGACAACAAAACCUGCAAGUCCAAAGACGAGCCUUUGCUUCUGGCGUCGGUGCAGUCGGAGCUCCUGAUCCUGGGAGUCCAUAGUGGCUCCUUGCGUCGUUUGUCCUCUGCCAAUCGACCAGUCUUCACCCUGGAUUAUCUCUGGGCUCAACAAAGAGUUUACUGGCUGAGCCCCGACUACCAGAGCAUCCGCUGGGCCGACAUGACCAACUCAAUCAGCAAAGGAACACUUGUCAAAGGAGUGAAGUCUGAUUUCAUCGCAGUGGACUGGGUUGGUAAGAACCUGUACUGGGUGGAUGGACUGGUGGGUCAGAUUCUGGCUGUGAAGCUCAGUGAUACCACGGUGAGAUCUCAGGACUACACUGUGGUCCUGGGUGAAGAUCUGGAGCAGCCAAGCUCAUUGGUCCUGCUGCCAUACAAAGGGAUGAUGCUUUGGUCUGAGAUCGGCAGCAGCCCUCAGAUCGGGCGGUCUGGGAUGGACGGCUCAAAGAGGAAGGUGGUGGUGAGCCAAGGCUUGAUCUGGCCGGUCAGUCUGGCCUUUGACCCCCUGGACAACAGGGUGUACUGGGCCGACGAGAAGCUGCGCUGCAUCGGCUCGGCUUCUCUGGACGGAGACAACGUCAAGAUCCUCCAGUUAGCCGAAACACCGAGCCCUUUCUCCGUGGCGGUCUUCAAUGACGGAGUCUUCUGGUCUGACACGAAAAGAAGAACCAUCCGCUCGGCCGACAAGAACACCGGCAAAGAUCAAAAGGUUCUUCUGAAGAGACCCGGACAGCCGUUUGGAUUGAAACUGAUGCAUACCCUUUCCCAGCCAACCAUAUCCAACCCCUGUGACCAGCUGCACUGCUCCCACCUCUGCCUCCUGGCCCCGGCGACGAGAAGAAAGUCUGGCGCAUUGGGGACAGAGAGGGCCCCUUCAGCGGUUUGCCGGUGCCCAAAGGGGCUGCUGCUUUCCAAGGACAAGAUUACCUGCUCUCUUCCGCCGGAGUUAACGUUCAUCCUGCUUUUGUCUCCUACCACAGUCUAUCAGAUUCACUUGAACUCCAUGCGUCGCGAUGGCGUUGCUCUGAAAAAGAUGCCAAACGGCCGAGCUUUAGCCCUGCCCGGAGUAACCGAGGCCUCUGGGCUAGACUUGUCCAUGCAGGACCUUUCUCUGUAUGUGGCCGAUGCAGGACAACGAUCUGUGGAUGUGCUGAAACUGAGCGACUCCAGGUCCAGACAGGGACCGACACCUGCUGGACAGAUCCUCCAGCUGAAGGAUGAUGAAGUCACAGCUCUGGCAGUUGACUGGGUGACCUCCAACCUGUACUGGAGCAGCACCGCGAGGCCUGAUCUCCACGUGACCUCUCGCCAAGAAGGCUACACCACCUUGCUGCUGCAGGCAACGCUGAAGUGCACAACAUCCAUCGCAGUGCACCCCCCCUCGGGACAACUUUGUUACACCGCUAUAGUGAACGCGACCGAGGUGGGCUGCGCCUGGAUGGAUGGCCGUAACAAAGCUGUGCUGUGGAGGAAAUCGAGCAUCCCGACCUCGCUGGUCUUUUCCAAUCACGGAACCAUGAUCUACUGGGCUGACACAGGCGAGGAUGUAAUCGGCUCUAUUGGAGUGGAUGGAACAGGAUACAAACAGUACAAAACAGGAUCAGGCCUUCUCACCGCCUUCACACAUAUUGAGGGCAUCCUCCUCUGGGUCACCGUGGACAAAGAUUUAACCAAACUGUGGUUCAGCGACGGUCUCCAGCCUAACCAACUGUGGUUUGAGACAAAGACCAGGAUGGUGGAAGUCCAAGCCUACAGCAACGACAGUCAGUCUGGAACUAAUGGCUGCUCCAACAACGGCAGAUGUGUCCAUCUGUGCCUGCCCUAUCCCGGGGGUCACACAUGUAAAUGCGGCCAAGGUUUCUACGCCGUCGAUGCCGCCUCCUGUGCGCCGCUCCCUGACUGCCCCGCGGGGGAAGAAUCUUGCUCCGACGGUACCAAAUGUAUUGGCGGCAGCAAGUUCUGCGACGGACAGGUGGACUGCGCAGACGGGUCGGAUGAACAAGACUGUCCAAACACAAACUCUGCGUCUUUCUGGACCAAAUCCAGUGAUGGCCGCCCUCCCCCGUCUAACGCCUCUCCUCACCCCAACAACGUCCAAAAGAACUCUGAGCUCCCAGUUAAAGACUCUACAUCCUGUGAUCUCCAACGCUGCAACGGUCAUGGCAAUUGCGUCACAGAGGGCAAAGUCACUCGCUGCCAGUGUGUGGCUGGUUACAAGGGAGAGUCCUGUCAAGAGGCAGAAACUGGACGGAGCCGCGUGCCUCUGAUCCUGGGUGUCCUCUGCGUCUUUGCUGUGUUGACGGCUGCUGCUUUUAUUUUCGUUAAAAGUAGAGUCUGGCCGUCCCUCAGAAGAAGAUCCUUGGAUAAAGAAACUCUGAUGGCACACAUGGACCUGGCAUGUGAACGAUACGAUUCAGACUGUGAGGAGCUGGAGUCCCCAGUAGAUGUGAAGAACCCCCCGCUAGUGUUGAAGUCACUGCAGCUCCAAUAGAAGUUCUGCAUUAUGCAUUCACAAGUAUUGUCUGAGGAUGAGUUUCUCUGGUGCUUGUCUUUUGGUGCAUUAAAAA